AUGUUUGAGGGCAGGGAAACUUCCCUCCAGGAAACACAUCAAUUUCCAGCAGCGACCGCGGUGCCUCGGCCCCAACAGGUCGAUGACGUGGAGUGCAAGAGCGCCAUCAACCAAUGGUCCAUCGUCAAGCCCUUUGGCGGCUGUCAACCUCCGAAGCAGCGCUCCUUGCACGCGAGCAUCGUGGUUGGAGACUGCCUGUACAUCUUUGGUGGGUGCCCGGAGGAUUCAGUGCCAGUUCCACAGUACGAUGGCAGCAGCCGCGUGAACGACUUCUACAAGUUUAGCUUUAAGGCCUCGAAGUGGUCGCAGAUCCAUACCACAGGGGCCGGACCCACUGCACGCGAUCGACAUGUGGUGGUGUCCUUCACGGACAAGAUUUACAUCUUCGCCGGAUACGACGGGAAUAACCGCGUCAACGACUUCUGGCAAUAUGACACCGAACAUGAGGCGUGGCAGAUGGUGGAUGCAGCCCUUGGCAAUCCGCCCACGCCACGGCAUAGUCAUUCAGGUGUCGAAUACGACGGAUCCAUGUACAUCUUCGCUGGAUACGAUGGGAAUUACAGGAGUGACUUUCACCGCUACAACUUCCCACAGCGGAAGUGGUCCAUCGUUCCAGUGAAGGGCUCAGUGCCAAAGGCACGGUAUAGGACUUCAGCUGUCGCGUACAAGAACCGCAUGCUGGUGGUGGGUGGUCAUGAUGGUGCCAAGCAUUUGAAUGACUUUUACCAGUUCAAUUUCGACUCACUCGAGUGCCGGAGCCUAGCCGUUGAAAGCACCAAGUUCUUGGGGCCAGGAUCGAAGUUCAAAGGAGUUCCAGCUCAACGGAGAGCUGGUGUGGCUGAAGCUCUGCUGCAGAACCAGCGCUUCAUGGCCAGAGUGGAUGCGGUGCACGGCUGCAGCGGCGGAGCCCUAGUGGGUGCCUUGAUGCUGACGGGCGCGGAGGGGCUCAAAAAGGUGAAGGCGUACCUGGAGAGUGGCUUAGCCUUCCGCAGCCUGACUUUGGCGGAACUUUGGGACCCAGCGCGCCUCAUUCCGCGCGCAGUGGAGGAAUCUGGCGCCAUGCCGAUGGAUGCUUUCUGGCAACUCAGUGGGCGCCUCCAUGUGCAGUGUACCAAAGGUGGCAUGUUCCGCAACAGCGAGCCGGUCACCUACUCCUCCUUCGAUUCCAAUGAGGAACUGGUGCGAAUCCUGCAGGCGUCCUCGUCCUUCGCCUAUGAAGGAGUGGAGGUGAGGGGCGAGCCACACUGGGACGGCGGCAUCACUGAGAUCUUGCCCCAGCCACUGCGGGAGGAUUCCCAAAGAGAAACGACUGUGACUGUGGCACCGGUGUGCGCGCGGCACGUGAGCAUUUGCCCGCAGCCAGGUGUAUGCCUUCGGAUCACUGACGGCCUUUGGGCCUUUCCUGGUUCCAUGGGCCGCGGCUGGCGCCACGGCUGGCGCCACGCUUCUAAGGAUUGCACCUUUAUGUUCUCCCCGCAGCGCAUGAUGAAGUACUGGGCUGCCGGGAGAGCAGAUGGGGCGUUUCUCCGCACCCAUGGCUACACCGAGUUUAGUGAUGAGCAGAUCAGAGAUGCGCUGGGAAGGUUGAGCAAAGCCACCAAGCAGAUGCAGCUGUGGAAACCCUACCUGCUGGGUUCCCUUUGGGAUAGCAAACCGUGGCGCUUGCGGCAGUGUUGUGAUCGGGAAAUGAGUGCUACAGGUGGAGCUUGGUUGAGACCACUGGUCAAGUCCCACCUCCUUCGCCCCGGGAUUCCCAUUCCGUCCGCGGCCGAGACGUUUGAGACUUCAAGGGUGACGUGGAGUGUUCAAGCGGUGAUCUGCGGUGAUUCUAUGUACCUCUUUGGUGGCAGCACUGGCAGCGCGCGAAACGAUCUGUACGCCUUCAGCUUUGAAACAGAACAAUGGCUUGAAGUGCGUCCCACGCCCGGGGCUUCGCAAAAGGCGAACGUGCCGUGCCCGCGAUUCUGCCAUACCUGCGAUGUGUACAACAAUUCUCUCUACGUUUUUGGCGGCUACGACGGGCAGCAACGUCUGAAUGAUUUUUGGCAGUUCAAACUGGCGACAGAGGUGAACAUUGACAUCCCAAACAGCUCAUUGGUCUCCGAUCUCCGGGACUUCCUGAACGAUGCCAAACUGUCAGACGUGACCUUCAUAGUGGAAGGAAAAGCUGUCUAUGCGCACAAGCUGCUUUGCAUGCGAUGCUCCUACUUCCGCGCCAUGUUUGACGGACAGAUGCGGGAGGCCCAACAGAAGACCAUCACCAUCAACAACGUCUCGCACCGGGUCUUCCUGGCCUUGCUGGAGUAUCUUUACACCGACGAAUUCGAGAUCUCCAUGGAAAUCGCCAUGGACCUCUUCGUGGCGGCAGACCAGUUCGGCAUCGAACGCCUCAAGAGGUUAUGUGAGAAGAAGAUCCUUGUUUCAAUCAAUAUCGAUUCGGCUGCUACAAUCCUUCAGGCAGCCAACAUGCACAUCGCGAAUGACUUGCGGCAGAGUUGCAUGGACUUUAUCUUAAGAAACUUCGAUGCGGUCUCCAAGACCCCGGCCUUCGAGGAGAUGGGCCGAUCGAAUGUGGAACUGGUCUUUGAGAUCCUUAAAAGAAGAUGA